AUGUCUUCCACGCAGGCGGCUCAGCAGGCCGCGCAACAGGCCUCGUUCCGCGUAGGAGAGACGUACAAGAUCGUCGACGUCGUCGGAGAGGGCGCCUACGGUGUCGUGUGCUCUGCUAUCCACGUCCCCUCGAGCUCCCGCGUGGCCAUCAAGAAGAUCACGCCCUUCGAUCACAGCAUGUUCUGCCUCCGCACCCUCCGCGAGAUCAAGCUGCUCCGCCACUUCAAUCACGAAAACAUCAUCUCCAUCCUCGACAUUGUCAAGCCCAGCGACUACGACAGCUUCCAGGAGGUCUACCUGAUCCAGGAGCUCAUGGAGACGGAUAUGCACCGCGUCAUCCGGACCCAGGAGCUCUCCGACGACCACUGCCAGUACUUCAUCUACCAGACGCUGCGCGGUCUCAAGGCGCUCCACUCGGCGCAGGUGCUCCACCGCGACCUCAAGCCCUCGAACCUCUUGCUCAACGCAAACUGCGACCUGAAGAUCUGCGACUUUGGCCUCGCCAGGAGCGCAAACCAGCCAGAGGCAGAGGGGACGGGCUUCAUGACGGAGUACGUCGCAACGCGGUGGUACCGUGCACCCGAGAUCAUGCUCACGUUCAAGGAGUACACAAAGGCAAUCGACGUGUGGUCCGUCGGCUGCAUCCUGGCCGAGAUGCUGUCGGGCAAGCCGCUCUUCCCCGGCAGAGAUUACCACCACCAGCUGUCGCUCACCCUCGAGAUCCUCGGCACACCGUCGCUCGACGAUUUCUACGCCAUCACCUCGACGCGGUCGCGCGACUACAUCCGCGCGCUGCCGUUCCGCAAGCGCAAGAACUUUUCCCAGAUGUUUCCCAACGCCAACCCGCUGGCCAUCGACCUGAUGGAGCGCUGCCUCACCUUCAGCCCGCGCAAGCGCAUCACGGUCGAGGAGGCGCUGGCCCACCCGUACCUCGAGCCGUACCACGACCCCGAGGACGAGCCGACGGCCGAGCCCCUCGAUCCGAGCUUCUUCGACUUUGACUACUGCAAGGAGCAGCUCAGCCGGUCCGAGCUCAAGCGCCUCAUCUACAACGAGAUCAUGACCUGA